AACAUGAUGAUAUCCUGGGGGUCUUGCGCUUUGUAGCCAGCAUAUUCCUGGUGAUUCUGGUACCCUCGACUUCCUCAUUGAUGGUCAUUGUCCCCUCCCCACUGACAAAUCCAAUUACUCAUCCGUUGCCCUCUCAGCAUCCUGCCUGAGCCAUGGAAGCCCCUGACGCUGCUGUGGCCUCUCUGAUUGACUUUGACAGCGAGCCAUCCACCCUGGCCCCCUCCGAGUCACCCCCUUCAAAACCUCGGGAUGGAAGCAGCUCCCUUGGUGACGGGGCAUCAGAGAGUGACACCACAGAGUCGGCGGAUAGUGAGAACGAUAUGGGGGAGUCCCCAACUCACCCCACCUGGGACCAUUAUCACCGCUCCUCAUCCAAUGAGUCCUUCUCUUCCAACCAGAGUACAGAGUCGGCCAAGGAUGACGAGGCAGUGGGGCUCCGGGAAUUUAUGCGGAACUAUGUUGAAAAGAUCUUCUCUGGAAGGGAAGACUUGGACCAAGAAGAGAAAGCCAAGUUUGGAGAGUUCUGCAGCAGUGAAAAUGGGAAAGGUCGGGAGUGGUUUGCACGCUAUGUGAGUGCACAGCGCUGCAAUUCCAAGUGUGUCUCAGAAGCGACUUUCUACCGUCUGGUGCAGUCCUUUGCGGUGGUGCUGUUUGAGUGUCAUCAGAUGGAUGACUUUGGACCAGCGAAGAAUCUAAUGACCAUGUGUUUCACAUACUACCACAUUGGUAAACCUCACAUGCUGCCCCUAGAGUCCAAGGAGAAACCUGCAGGCAGCAUUGACUCCUACCUGAAGUCCGCUAACAGCUGGCUAGCAGAAAAGAAGGACAUCGCAGAGCGUCUCCUGAAGAACACGUCCGCAAAAACGGAAAACGUGAAAGGCUUCUUUGGAGGCUUGGAAACCAAGCUGAAGGGACCGCUGACCAAGAAAAAUGAGGAAGAUGAAGAUAAACCAAAGGAAAAGCAGCAGAAGACUGUGACAGUGUACAGCCCAGAUGAAGAGAAGAAAGGGGAGAAGAUCUAUCUGUAUACUCACCUGAAGCAGCAGCCUAUCUGGCACACCCUGAGAUUCUGGAAUGCAGCUUUUUUUGAUGCUGUCCACUGUGAGAGAAGGAAGAGAUCACCUACUACCAGGGAGAAGUGGUGCCACAUGACCCAAGAGGAGCGUGAUGACAGCCUCCGAUUCAAUGAGAACAUUACCUUCGGGCAGCUCGGCACAUUUACUCACAACAUGUUGGCUUUUGGGCUGAACAAGAAGCUAUGCAAUGACUUUCUGAAGAAGCAGGCAGUGAUUGGCAAUCUGGAUGAAGAGCAAUACAAGCUACUGAGUGACCACAUCGAGCAAAUGGCUGUUGAGUAGCUCUGCCGAGAGCCAAAUCUGCAGCAUCCGCCAAGGGAGGAGUACAGGUGAAAGUCUCCUCCCCAAACACCCAGGACCAACAACCAGCUCCUAGCACCAUUGCAAUUAACCUGCAUGACUGUCCGCCAACCUUAGAGCCCCGAUCUGCCAGUAGACCUAGGAGUGAAGAAUAACUCCUGUCUUCUCCCCUUGCCUCAUCUUCCCUUGGGUGUGUUCCAUAGCCACACACCAGAAACACUCCUCAGUUUCUAUGGUGAAAGCAGAACUGAUGAGCUAUCUGUACAGACCCAAGCAUCCCCUGUAAAAGGUGAAGACAAAGAAGAGGGAGGGAGGACUGUUUGCUACAUCAUUCUGAAGGCCUCUUGCCAGUUGCUGGCUAUGAGAGUUUGGGGGAGGGGUCAUCGGACCAGUACAGCUGAAUGCUGGGAACUGGGGCGGGGGGUGGGAGAGUGGGUUUGGUGGGAGUGUAAUGCAUGCAUGUCCAUGUAGCUAGCUAUAGGAUCAUAGAACGUUGUAGAAAGGACCUUCCAACGUAGAUUAGUAGAACUGGAAGGGCCCUUUGAGAUCAUCUAACCCAACCCCACAUUUUUCAGAUAAGGAAACUGGUCCCAGAGAAAAAAAGUGACUUGUUACAUAAGAAACUGAUCCAGGCCUAGGAAUCUGAGGAGCUGAGUCCCGGCCUCUUGGUCUAUUAGUUGUAUCUCAAUGUCUCUUUUGUAAAGAUAAAUAUGUAGUCCACGGGUUUGGGGUAUUGCAGCUCUGAUUCCCACUAACAUGAGAGACUACAUUCCCUAAGUCAGGGCUGGAGACCUAGCACUCUUUCGCUCAGGGCCAGAGAUGUUGAUUCUUUCAUGACCAGGCAGAUGACACCCUAUUCCACGUUGCUUCCCUUUGCUUCCCUUUGAACUAAGGAUGGGGAAGUCACAAGAAGAAAGGGCGACCUCCUGUUUUGCAGAAACAAGGGCAGAAAAUUUUCCUUCCUGACUGCAGGAAGAAUUGGACCUGGGGCUAGCAAGAGAAUUAUAGUUAGAUGUGUGAAUGAGGCAGUGCUCUGGAGGCACAGUAAGAUUUGUGCAGACUUAUUUGAGAUGAAUCCUAUCAACACAGAUGUGUCUGUGCCAGACUGCCUUGGAAGCUUUCAGGGUCAGCUGAUCCCUUGUCUUUUGUACAUGACAUAUUGAGGGCAGCUUUUGGCUGCCUGCUUCAAAGGAGAUGCAAAAGAGGAGGAGGUCUGUUCUUCUGUUAUCUGGAGCCUGCUGCCCUUCCUGAGACCAAACAUCGAUGCAAUUUUCCUUUUUGGGCGCAACCACCUUUCCCCUCUCCCCCUCAAAAAAUAUAUAUAUCAUCUAUUUAUAUAUGUUAUGUAAUAUCGAACUGUUCAGUGUUACAUUGAUCUCAGCGUGAGAUGGUUAAGGGACAAGCAGCUUAUGGUGGAGCUUAGCCAAAUUUGGGGAGGGAGACCCCCUAAGACGACCCUGUGGAGCAAAACUUUGUAUCUGAGCCGGUGUGUGUAUGGAAUAGAUUCAGAAGUUGUGACCCUGACUUCUGCAGAUGUUGGAUGUUAUUUUUCUUACAGUAUUCCGGUUAUUGCUUACAAAAUUCAGCCUAUGGGGAAAGUCAGGAGCUGAUUUUAUAAGUAAGUGCUCUCGUUGGCACACAAAUGAAGCCAGAACUAAGUGUGUUUACCCAUAUCACAGAGCCUCAGGCUUACCAGAGCUAGGAGAGCGGAGGAAGGGAGCAUUAAUGGGGCCCUUUGCUUUCCUGGCUGCUCAUCUGUCAUGCUUAUCACCUCCCGCAGCUUGAGUCUCAUUUCCUUCAAUUCUCGGCAAACGCCAGUUAGUCCUGUAUUUAUUCCUUGGAAGCUAUAGCUCCUGGCUUGCAGCUUCUCAUUGGUUUCUACCAGGAACACCAGAUCAGACUAAGGUGCACAAUGUAUUAUUAUUUUUAAGUCAUUUAACUGGUCAUAUCUAAGGUAUUAACCUCCCCCAAAGCCUGUUCUGCUCUUUCUAGUAUAAAUAUUUUUAGUCAGAACCAACUUCUGUCUUUCCCUGGUUACAGAGCUGGUUAUCCUCAUCCAUCCUGUCUCCUUCCUGCUUCAGGGGGGUUCUCUAUAGAAAUUAAGAAAAACUAACUUUGUCUGGGCUCUUUUCUCCUUUCUUCUCCUUUUCCAGCUUACCCUCCCUGACCUAUUAUCACCUCCCUUUGCAACUUCCAAUGAUGUACACCCCCUGCCCCCAGCCACUUCAACCCUUGGAUGCCUCCUCGUGGAUAUAGUUGAUAAGUGACUGAUAGACACUUUUUCAGCUCCUAUUAUCUAAAAAUGAUCAUUGUCCUUGGCCCGAGGAGCCCAAAACAAAUAGCACAGAGUGAAUGAACAAUAAAUAGGAUGUAUCUUUUGGGCAUUUGGGUUACUCUAGGAAGAGGGCUUACACAAAACAUGCCAGAACUGAAUGUAUUAUUUGUAUGAUUGGUCACCUCCAGAAACUAGAUGAUGCGGGUUUGCGACAUUUGAGUUUUCUUUUCAGUGAUGCCACCAUAUAAAAAGCCAUGCAUGAUAUUGUUGAGCCAGCUUCAUUGUUGGGGCCGCCAUGAUGGGCGCUCAUGCCUAUGAUUUGACCUAGACAGAGUAGCAAGUCCACGGCAACCAAUGGUAAGGAAUGGCCCAACAAGCUCCCAGAUCCCUGCCCUCCCCCUCAUUCUUUUGGAAACUUCUUUAACUCAUCUAUGCUCUAUGCACAAUAUCCCCACCUACAAAAUAGAGAUAGGGAAAAUAAUCCCCAAAGUCUUUUCUUUCUUUAAGAUUUUCUGAGUCUUGAUCAGUUUUCCUGAGGAGAAUUGCUAGUUUUAGUGAUACCUUGGCUCUCUGAGGUCUUUGCUCUGAAAUGCUCCUCCAAAGAAUGCUUUGUGUCCAUAAGCAUAUUUGAAGGCAGGUCUUGGCAUCUCCUAUUGGACUUCCCUCCUGAGGCCUCCUUCAAGGACUAUAGAAAUCCAGCCUGCCAUAGAGAGGUUGGGGGCUAGGGAGGGGGUACCUUUUGGAAAGGAAUGGAUUUUGGAUACCUCUUGCUGCUUCCCCUUUCAUUUCAGUAUGACUUCUAUCAUUUGUUGUUUUUUAAUAAAGCCUCCAAGUUCCUUCACCUUA